UGCCAACCGCUAUAAAACAAUAGAAGAAGACGACGAAGGAAACACACAUACACACACGGUCACGGAGCUUCCUUCUCUACACGGGCUUAGAAGCUCUUAUAUUCUGUGUGACCUCACUAAAGUGUCCUGAUUCUUUACACCUCUUAUAAUGAAAACCAGACGGCGCUCUUUAAGAAAAUCUCCACAGACUCCUGCUGCUACUGGCUCAGAGAUGUACCACUGCUCAGAUUGUGGGGAGAGUUUUACUAAAAGUCAUCAUCUCCAACAGCAUGAGCGCAUUCAUACAGGAGAGAAGCCUUAUCACUGCUCACAGUGUGGGAAAAGUUUUACCCAACGAUGUAAUCUCCAACAGCAUGAGCGCAUUCACACAGGAGAGAAUCCUUAUCAAUGCUCGCAGUGUGGGAAGAGUUUUACUUUUCAGAGUAGUCUCAAACGACACCAGCGUAUUCACACAGGAGAGAAACCAUAUCACUGUGGACAGUGCGGGAAAAGUUUUACUUUUCAGAGUAAUCUCCAACAACAUGAGCUCAUUCACACAGGAGAGAAGUCGUAUCACUGUGGACAGUGCGGGAAAAGUUUUACUCAACCAUGGACUCUCCAACAACAUGAGUUCAUUCACACAGGAGAGAAGCCGUAUCACUGCUCGCAGUGUGGGAAAAGUUUUACCCAACUAUGUAAUCUACAACAGCAUUUGCGCAUUCACACAGGAGAGAAGCCGUAUCACUGUGGACCGUGUGGGAAGAGUUUUACUUUUCAGAGUAAUCUCCAACAGCAUUUGCGCAUUCACACAGGAGAGAAGCCGUAUCAUUGUGGAUUGUGUGGGAAAAGUUUUACUUUUCAGUGUAAUCUCCAACAGCAUUUGCGUAUUCACACAGGAGAGAAGCCAUAUCACUGCUCGCAGUGUGAGAAAAGUUUUCGUGACCGGAGGACCCUCCACAGCCACCAGCAGAGUCAUACAGGACAGAAGCUGUACCUCUGCGGACAAUGUGGGCGGAGCUAUUCGCUUUCAAGUUCAUUAAGGACACACAAGUGCUCCAACAUAAAACCAUCAGACAUUAAUGUCUCAAAUUAACAUGUUUUUAAUUUACCUUUUUUAAAGGGGAGGUAAAGAGACAUUCAGGGAUUAAACUAUAAUAUUAUAUUAUUUGUCUUGUAUUCUGUUGCAUGUGAUUUAUUGCUUACUCUCUGGGUUUUAGCAAAAUUAAUGAUUUUAUGUUGUUUUCCUGUUCCCCUAACGCUACAAUACCACUCAUGGAAUACACAUAUUAGCUUUUUAAAAUGUCGCGUUGUGCAUACUGUUGAACUGAACACCAUUUUUAGUGACAGGAUACAAAUUCUGCCAGAUUUCCUAAUGUUUGUGAGAUUACCAGCCAAGAUCAAGGUGUAGUCACAGAGUUUGGGGGUGUAGUCAUCAAGUCCCAAAAUUUUUCAGUGACUGGAAAAUUGGGCUUAAAUUCAUGUAGUGUGCACUAGGCUUACUGUCACCUCUAUUGCUAAUGCUGAAUAAUAGGCCUUUAUAACUUUUAUAACUGAAAAUGAUUCAAAUAUUCUGUUCGCAAUAAGAUCUUAUCAAACAUAUCUAGAUUUAACUUUAUUUGUCUCCUCCUGGAUAUAUUUGUUUCUGUGUUUCGACUGUAGAUAGUUAAUUAGCAGCAGACCUGUUCACAAGUCCCUGAGGUCCAAGUCAAGUCUCUGAGGUGGAGUCCAAGUCAAGUCUUUGUUCUAUUUUUCGCAACAGUGUAUGAGGCUAAAUCAAUUUUGAAAUAUUAAAACUGAUUACUUCUACAAUAUGUCUUGUU